AUGAACCUCGAAACCGGAUAUCGAAGCUUCUCAGACUACAGGGAGCGUAGAGACGAGUUGCGCCGACUUGUACAGUCCCUUUCGUUCUCCGAUCGGCGAUAUCUGUUCGAUAUUAUCACAAAUGAUGCCAAGCUUGAUGUAUUUGGUCAGCUUCCCGCCGAAAUUUGUGAUAGCAUUAUUCAGCAUCUACCUCUUCGCCAAUGCUUUCGAGCUCGCAGGGUCUCACGUCGCUGGAACGAGCGUUUGACCUCGCUUCAUGCAAUCAAUGGGAAGUUGCGACGAUGGUCGAGUUCUACAGCACCAUUGAACAGCGCAGAAUUGACCUCCAAAGCAAACAAAGUCGCUGCGUUCACCCGGGGUUCUCCAUUCAGCAUGAAACAAAUCACCAUACCGAAACAUGCACAUAGCUUGAAAUGCAGGGCAGGAUAUUUGGUAUGGGACGACAUGAUUCAUGGUGAACGUAGGCAAGUAACGAGUAUCAAUAUGGAGUCGGGCCUGGAGCAAAUCCUGAUGAUGCCAAAUCGAGAGACGAUCAGAUGCAUCGAAUUGUCAGCUACCAUGUUGGUUGCGCUUGUGGAUGCCGGAAGAUGUUAUGUUUGGGAUCUAUCAGACAGUAUGUCCGUUCAACAGCCGAGGUGCUUGCAGCUUGAGAACACAAAUGGUGUGCAUUUGGCCGUCUCGAAUACCUCCAUUGCUUUUCAUCCUUUCUUCCCUCAGGGCUGGCGUGGGAGGCAGAAUCCUCCUAAUUGGCCUACAGUUCGUAUAUGGGAUAGAGACAGCGAGUCCAUGACCGAGUUUGGGAUCCCUCACAUGGCUUCUGCAAGAUUCAUCGUCUCGCUUACCUUUUCUUUGGAUGGUCGCUCAAUAUUGCUCUUAAGGCAGUUGAAGCAAAUAAGACAAGAAAGUGUUCGAACAGACAAAGUACCCUACAGCUUUUACCGCAUAAAUCUUCGCGGUGAAGUCCUAAGUGAGGGCUUGCAAGUUAUUUUCACGUAUCCGAUACCAAAGAACCUUGAGCCAGCAGACGUUAAGUUUGUCCAAGGAGCUUUCGAUGCAUCCUCCGUGCUCUUACACACGACAAACUUCACAACGUCGCCUUGGGAGCUCCAAUAUUUAUGUUAUGACUGCGAAAAUGAUCGUCUACGAGUGGAUAGCUUCAAUGUUAAAGCCCCAUUACUCGAUAACUCGACGGAAGCUGUUCAUGUCUGGAGAGAUGUCAUGUACAUCAAUACUAGGCUAAAUAUAUUCAGCUCCAAGACUAUCUUACGAGUUAUAGACCUCGGUGAUAACAAGACCCAAACUGACUGUCAUGACUGGCCAGCUACAGACGUAUUUGGUGGCAUUCGUAGUGGAAGGAAGGGAAAAUUGCUGGGCGAUGAGACAUUUCUGAUCCAUUUGAUUGGUAAUACAGCAUACAUCAUGUGCUUUGAUAAGGACCUUAGAAUGGUGGAUGAGGACGUUGAGUUUCGCCAGCGACGUCAACAAGAGCUUGAAGCACGUUUUGCCAAACGUCGUCAGUUGACGUAG